CACAAGUCCUUGUUGUAACAGGCCCCACAUUCUCUUGAGUUCUGUGUCUCUAUACGUACAUCCACUGUCUUUACCAUCUAUAAUAACCGGUUAAAAUGCCGAGCAUCAAUACUUUGCUGUUGGCGGCCUUGGCCACUGUACAGGCCGUCCAGGGAGCUACGUACCCUGCAUCAGGAUCUUCCACGUAUCCGAAAAUUUCGGAAGACGGCCGUUGCGCUACCAACGGUGCUACGUGCCUGGGCUCCAAGUUCGGAGACUGCUGCGACCAACGUGGUUACUGCGGUGGCAAUCGCAACUACUGUGGCAGAGGAUGCAACCCAGUGUAUGGAAAAUGCUCCGGUGCAGAGCCGCCUUGCACUACUUCGUCAUCUGUUGUAGUAUAUUCGCAUCAGCCUACUCCUGAGCCUUCACCAGAGCCAACUCCUGAACCCUCGCCUGAACCGACUCCUGAGCCUUCUCCCGAGCCUUCACCUGAGCCUUCACCUGAGCCUUCUCCCGAGCCUUCUCCCGAGCCUUCACCUGAGCCUUCUCCCGAGCCUUCUCCCGAGCCUUCACCUGAGCCAACUCCCGAGCCUUCACCUGAGCCAACUCCCGAGCCUUCACCUGAGCCUUCUCCCGAGCCUUCACCUGAGCCAACUCCCGAGCCUUCACCUGAGCCUUCACCAGAGCCUUCUCCUGAGCCUUCUCCCGAACCCUCCCCCGAACCGACUCCCGAGCCAUCGCCUGAACCGACUCCUGAGCCUUCACCUGAGCCUUCUCCCGAGCCAACUCCUGAACCCUCUCCCGAACCGACUCCUGAGCCAACUCCCGAACCGACUCCUGAGCCAACUCCUGAGCCGACUCCUCAGCCUCCUUCUGGAAACUGUGGAGCUCAGAAGUACCCAACGUCACCCAGGGGUCUGCAGACUACGACUCCUGGAUCCAGCCUUGCUGCGUGUUCUCAGUCCUGUCUCCAAAAUCCCAGUUGCCAGUUCUUCUUCUUGUACUCGACUAACGUCUGCUACAUCUUCACCAUUCCGUUGUCUGAGGUUACUCAAUUUACCAACAACCCUAGAGCUGCGCUGUAUGACAGGCCUUGCGUAGAGCCGGUUGUCACACCUACUCCUGAGCCGACUCCUGAACCUACUCCUGAGCCAACACCGGAGCCGACUCCUGAACCCACUCCUACACCCACUCCUCAGCCUCUCGUGUGCCGUCAACGCGGCUAUGCUACCGGUCAAGACGGAUCCUCAGCCUAUGCCGUCCAAACCGCAUACAAUGACGCUGCUUGCCUUGCGAUCUGUCGAUCCCAGUCCCAAUGCAAGUUUGUCAUCCUCGUCAGCGGCAGUGACUGCUUCCUCUACAACGUCGACUACAAUAAGGACACCCCAGUGGUCCCACUGGACUACAUUUCGCUUUCUGAGAGGGACUGUGACAUCUAGAUAUAGUGACGUUCAGUUUUACGGCUGAAUGAGGAGAGAAGGAGGAGUUAGUUUUGCGUGUUCUGACGGUGACGAG